GCAUUUCCAUGAAAGAAAAUAAUAAAUGAAGUAGAAAAUUUGUUUGUUCUUCGAAUUUUCUUGACAUUUUAUCGUAAAUGCUCAAUAUUUAGUGUGAGACAUCGAACUGUUUUUAUGAAUUCCCUUUGGAAAGUUGAUGUUCAUGGAGUCUUCUUUUUUAGUUUUAACGUAACUAAAAUUGGAAACGAGAAGAAGAUGUACAUCGAGAAUACUAAUGAUUGGUGAUUAAUUACCUUUGCCUCGUUUUUAAGACUGAUUGAACUAAACGCCAAUCUGAUAAUAAUCCGUCCUCGUCUAUUGAUUUUAGUCCGGAUUAUCUCUGACUUGACACUAGCUUAGAGAAGGCACGCGUUUCAAUAACGGAUUACUUUGCAUGAUGGUAUAAAGAGCUACCUGAUAAAAAAGGGGGCUAUAACAAAUCAGGAAAUAACACGGACCGGGAGCUCAUGUCUGAGGCGGAAUCACGGAAGUAAAAGAAAAAGAACAAAACACGCAAUGCAAGGAUUUGACUACGCACCACACAAUGACAUAAUAUCUGUGAAGAUAACGUCACCAACAUGCGAAGAUCUCGGGAUUCCUCGCGAGAAUGAAGACGUCAUCAUGCCUGCAAGACUGAUCAAAAACCCUUCGCUUCAUAUAGACGGACUGCGUUAUGAAGCUUUUGUAAAGAAUUCACCGCCUUCCGAUCCCUUUUCGCCCCUGUGCAUGAUCCCUCUGCCUUCUCCGUUUACAUUAGAUCACCUAGAACCAACGUUUAUCCGGAAGCGAAACGAACGCGAGCGUGAACGUGUACGGUGUGUGAACGAUGGCUACUCGAGACUGAAAGAGCAUCUCCCAUUAGAAAAUAAACAGAAGCGGAUUAGCAAAGUUGAAAUUCUUCGACGUGCCAUAGAAUAUAUAAGAUAUUUAAAUGCGGUUUUGGAAAAAGACGAUGAAAACAAAUCUGAAUUUUCGGCACUUGGACACAACACAGAUGAACUCACAGAUUCAGACGAGUCAGCCAAAAACUUAACAGGAAAUGAAAUUCCAAACGAUACCCUUGUCACGUGCUGUAACCAAACUUCACCGGAACCUGAAUUGGAGAGUUCUUAUUUUCCAUUUGAAUCUUUGUCGGACUCAGAUGAGGUGUACGGAAAUGGUAGCGACCUGGGAUACGAAUCUUUCUCUAGUGGAUGUGAAAUGGAAGACGAGAAUCUCGCGAUAAGAGACUUGGACUUCUCCUGCGAGAAUCAGAGAGGUCUCAAACGACCACUAGAGUGCGCCUCUGCCGUAAACUGCGCGUCUUCUAAACAACAGUGUAGUUUCGGACCGUGAUUUUGAUUCUUUGCAAUAUUUUUCCCCAGUCUUUUGAGUGUUGUUAAUAUGUGUUAAAAUCAAAAAUAAAAUGUUUAAAACUGAA